AUGUUGGCCAAGGGGCUGCCGCCACCGGCGGUGGACGCCGACGCACGAUCGAGAGCGAGGUCGACGUCGGGCGGCCAUGACCUGUCCUCGCCUCCCUCGUCAAGCAGCAUGCACAAACGGUUUCCAUCCAACAGCAGCAUUCUUAUGCCGCAGCAUUUGGAACCACUGCCGAAAUUGCCGCCGACGUCGGCCUCCCACGGCAAUCUCGUGUUGUUCAGCGAACUCGAAGCAGUCGACAAGUUUGACACUCGAACGUCGCCGCCCAAGCACAAGCUCGAGAAACUCGACGCCCCCAAAUCUCCCCCCAAGACGGACUAUAAAGACCUGCCCGUGGUGCGACACAAUUGCCUCCAAGCGAUCGCGCCCACCCCCAGUCUCCUCGAGCAUGCCAAACCGAUCGACACCAAAGCCAACACGUUGGCAGCCGACGCGAAAGACCACUCAGCAAGCUCUAGCCACUUGCGACCCCUCGACAAGCUCGUGGACGUCAAGCUGUCGUGA